AGCCAGCAGCCAGCUCCGGGAAGCAAGAAGACCGACGAUGCGGCAGCAGGAGGACCGGGCGCUCCUCCCGACGACGACGGCCGCCGGGAGCGGGGGCGCGGGCCCGGACGCCGCCGCGUCGUCCGGACCGUCGGGGAGCCGGUUGCGGACGGCGGGGCUGGUGGCGGCGUGGUACGCGUCCAACAUCGGCGUGCUGCUGCUCAACAAGUACCUCCUCUCCGUCUACGGCUUCCGCUACCCGGUCUUCCUCACCGCCUGCCACAUGUCCGCCUCGGCGCUCCUCUCCUCCGCCUUCGCCGCCGCCACCAGCUCGUCCGGCGCCGCGCGCCGGCCGCUCUCGCGCGGGCAGGCGGCCAGGGUGGCCGUGCUCGGCGCCGUCUUCUGCGGCUCCGUCGUCGCCGGCAACGUCUCGCUGCGCUACCUCCCCGUGUCAUUCAACCAGGCCGUCGGCGCCACCACGCCCUUCUUCACCGCGCUCAUCGCCUACGCCGUCGCGGGCCGCCGCGAGGCCCGCGCCACCUACGCCGCCCUCCUCCCCGUCGUCGCCGGCGUCGUCAUCGCCACCGGGGGCGAGCCGAGCUUCCACCUCUUCGGGUUCAUCAUGUGCGUGGGCGCGACGGCGGGGAGGGCGCUCAAGACCGUGCUGCAGGGGAUCCUGCUCUCCUCACAAGAGGAGAAGCUCAACUCCAUGGACCUGCUCCGGUACAUGGCGCCGGUGGCCGUGGUGCUGCUGGUGCCGGCGACGCUGAUGAUGGAGCCUGACGCGCUCGGGGCGGCGGCGGCGCUCGCCCGGGAGGACCCCAGCUUCGUCUGGUUGCUGCUCGGCAACUCCUCGCUGGCCUACCUGGUGAACCUGACCAACUUCCUGGUCACCAAGCACACCAGCCCGCUCACCCUCCAGGUCCUCGGGAACGCGAAAGGCGCGGUCGCCGUCGUGGUCUCCAUCCUGAUAUUCAAGAACCCGGUGACCGUCAUGGGGAUGCUGGGCUACGGGGUGACCAUCGCCGGCGUGGUUCUGUACGGCGAGGCCAAGAAGAGGAGCAAGUGAGCUGCGCCGGCGUGGGGAACAAGCCUCCAGAAGAUCUGCUGACCGUCGCAUUAACCUUUCGCCGGAGCUCCGAUGUGUUGAUCCAAGUUCCGGCAGAGACCUGAUGAUGGCACGAUGAAGACGACCAACCCAUUUGUAUAUCUAUUCUUGCUCCAGGUGCAAUCUGGGUUCCUCAAGUGUAGGACUUGGUGAUGUUAAAUCAUCAGAAGCCGUUAGAUCAGAUGUAUUCAUGCUUGUAAAUUGUUGUGUAGGCUGCACUACUACAUUACAAGUGACGAUUGAUCAAUACUAUUGCUAGUCACAGAUAUAUAAGACACCCUGAUGAACAUUCUAUGCCUAUUAAUAAUACGUACUCGGUAGGAGUACUACAAAAAGUAA